UUUAACCCUACAACAUGAAAAUAAUUCGAAGGGUACUUCAAUUUUCGCACUUUUCUUUUAGAUAUAGGACGUUCAAGAGCUUGAAUUCACAUGCAAAUGAUCGACUGAGGUAUGGGUUACAAUGUUUUAAUCGCGUCCCAAUCAUCUGUUACUCCAAUCUGAGUGAUCAUGAUGUGAAAAAGCGCACAGAAGAGUUGACUGAUUGUUUUAUGGAGGCCAGAGAACUCAUGCAGGAUGCUCAGGAAAGCAUGAACACAGUGUACUUCACAGAAGACAUGCAAGAGGCUUCAAAGGCAGUCGCUGAUACAAUUAAAUUGUAUGAAAAAUUUCUAAUAGAAUUAAAUGAAAAUCAAAAAAAGGAAGUGACUAGAACAAUUGGACUCAAAAUGGCAGAACUCAGGGCUCAGUACUCAGCAAUGGAGGAAGAAUUAAAGGCAGAGUAAUAUCAUGAUAAAAAUUUAAUAUGAUUAUAUAUUUGUUUGUUUCAGGAACACUUUGAAUUUGAAAAUAUCAGCGUUUGCUAUUGUUGUUUUUUGAAAAAUUAAAACAUGUAAUUUCAUUUUAUGAAAGUAAUAAUUCAAUGUCAAAUUUGUCCAUUGUGUCAAUAUUUUGUCACAGAACCUAAAAGAUAAAAUUUAUAAAGGGUUUGAGUAUUAUUUGUAGACCAACCAUGUAUAAAAUAUACCUUCUCGAUAUUUAUGUUUGUAAGAUUUUGUUUUUUUUUUUGGAAUUUGAUUUUGAUCUGUAUUUUCUAGUGUAAGUAGAUAACUGUGUAUACAUUUUGAGCUAUUAAGAAAUUACAUGUUUUUUAUAAUUAAGUGUUGAACACUAAUUGACUAAAGUUACAGUAGAUAAAAUCUUAUAAAAUUGAA